AGCGCAUGAAAGAGGCAUUCCAAACCUGUGUCCGUGCAGUACUCGACCUACGUGAAGAAAACGGCAGGUACCGAUGUGAAUUAUUCAAGGAAUUGCCGGAUCGCGACGAUUAUCCAGACUACUACCUCCAUAUUCAGAACCCAAUCUCCAUCUCCCAAAUCCGCAAGCGAGUUACUGGUGGAUAUUAUCGCAGUGUUGCUCAGUUCAAGGACGAUUGGCAUCUCAUGUUCAACAAUGCCCGGACCUACAACCAAGAAGGUUCCAUCGUAUACGAGGACGCUAAUCAGAUGCAACAGGUCUUUGAUGAUGCGGUUGAAAAGGCUACAGCUGGACUGGAUAUCCCCCAAAUGGGUAACAGCGCCUCAGCCAGCGCUGGAGUGAGCACCGGCUAUGCCACACCCGUUUCUGGGACCAGUGCACAACCACUAGUCAGUAACAAUGGCAAUGGUGCUGGUCAAAGCUACGCAACCCCACCCCGCCGAGCGGUUAAAAGGAAUAUAGUUGACAGUGACGAUGAAGAUUACCAUUCUAGCGAGUAG